GCCGGUUGUUCAUUCAAAUUCAUUAUUCGAGAGCGCGAGGAAAUUAAAGCAAGUGCGUGCACGUUCGGCUGCCAAUUUUUUUCUCAGUGCGGUUCCUCUUCUUUUUUCUUAGUUAAUAUCGUUUAUGGUUACCGGCCUGACACACGUUUGCCCAUCUUUUCCAAUUAUUCUGCAAACUUAUUUUGGUAUUCUGCACCAGCUGUGUUUGACACUUAUUUUCAUUUUCUUACGGCUUACUCUUUUCUCUCUCUCUCUCUCUCCUUUUCCUUAUCCCCCUUUUGCUUUUAUUCUUUUCAUUUUCUUAUUGACAAAAUAUGUUAAGUAGACUCUUGUAUGGACAAUUGACGGUUACCUCAUCGAAGCUUCUUUGAGGAAUUGUAUGGUAUUCAUACUUUGCACGUGGGAAAUAGUACUCGACUGUGAAUAAUAAGCGUAUAAUGUGCCUUGGUUUGUGCAUCUCGACAUCUCGAGUAUUGCGCUUUAAUUAAACGUUAAUUAAUAAAGUGUAAAAAUGGUUCAUCUAAGGCGUAAGAUUCUGGUCAGGAGUGGUCUGCUCAACCAACUGCGACUAAACGUAAGAUGGAGCUCAUCCCUGAAAAUUCGUGACAAAGAAUCCAUCCAGCCCGAACGUUCCUUCAAGAGUUCGGAUUUAUCCGUCCGCCUUGCCGCUCCGCAUCAGCUUCAACCAAAGCCAGACGUGAGUGCUCUCACGUUUGGUAAAUACUUCACGGAUCACAUGCUAAAGGUUUUUUACUACGAGUCUCUGGGUGGUUGGCAGGCACCAGAAAUUACCCCAUUUGAGAAUCUGGUACUUCAUCCAGCAGCAAAAGUGCUGCACUACGCGGUGGAACUAUUCGAGGGUAUGAAGGCGUACCGCGGAAUAGAUGGGAAAAUAAGAAUAUUCCGACCAGAAUUAAAUAUGGAGAGAAUGAACACGUCUGCAAUACGAUCGGGACUGCCAACUUUUAACGGCAAUGAGCUGAUAAAGUGUUUGAACAGGCUAAUCAGUAUAGACCAGGAAUGGGUUCCUCAUUCGGAAGCUUCGAGUCUCUACAUCCGCCCUACCCUUAUAGGCAUCGACCCGACGCUCGGGGUCGCAGCAUCGGAUUCGGCACUCCUCUACGUGAUCCUGUGCCCCGUGGGAACCUACUUCAAGAACAGCAGCAAGGAAGUAGGAGUGUCCUUGCUGGCGGAUCCCCGAUACACGAGGGCCUGGCCAGGAGGCUGUGGGGACCGUAAGAUGGGCAGCAAUUACGCGCCUACGAUUCACGUUCAACGAGAAGCUGCGGAGAAGGGCCUGCAGCAAGUUCUCUGGCUCUACGGAUAUGACAAUCAAUUGACGGAGGUUGGCACCAUGAACAUCUUUAUGUUUUACCUUAACGAAAAUGGCGAAAGGGAACUAGUCACGCCACCUCUGAAUGGUUUGAUCCUGCCCGGUGUCACCAGGAACUCCAUUCUGGCAUUAGGAAGGGAAUUGAAGCAGUUCAAAGUGAGCGAAAGAAAAAUUACUAUGGACGAAGUGCAUCGACUGAUUUUGGAGAACAGAUUGCUGGAACUUUUUGGUGCUGGUACAGCCUGUAUCGUCAGUCCCAUCUCCUUCAUUGAUUAUGCGGGCCAGGGUCUUCACAUUCCGACUCUGGAACAGCCUGAACCUAUCUACAAGAUGUUCCUGAAGUGCCUAUCGGACAUCCAAUAUGGUUACAUAACGGAUCAUCCCUGGGCCUUGCCAAUAGACUAGUUCUCUAUGACAAUCAAACUUGAGCAGUCUCUAGCCAUGUCAGGGCGGUUGCGUUUAUUUUGUGUUUGACUUUAGAAUAAGAUGCGCGUGUUAUUUUUUUAAAUUGGAAUUUUUUAUUGGUGCUCCAGCAAUUUAGUGCGAGGUUCCUAAAUACGAAGGGUCGUUCUCGUGCUCGAUAUCCCGUGCUACGUUGUGCUAUUUAUUUCUAGUCUCGGGUGCGUGACGACGCCAUCCUAACGCUAAGUGAAUCUCCAUUCAGGACUCACAAAGAAGUUUUCUACAGCGCAACUGUGGGGUCGCUGUUAUAAGUGUUUAUAAAAGAGGAUACUAUUUUGGUUCCAAUGAUAUUGCGUACAAACUACAUUUUGAAUUACUUGAUAGCUUUUAAGUCUGUGUAUAUUUUUAAUUUCUUCAUUUUAUUGAAAACAAAAUUGAACGAUCUAUUAUACAUAUGUAUAUGUAUGCCUUACUGCAUAGUGCACCGUUCGCUCUAUACUGUAAAUAAGAAAGAAAGAAAAAAAAGAGUGUUAAAUCGACCUCAUCAUGUAUGUGAGAAUCGAUCCUUCCUAGAGUAGGUAUUCCAAUGAAGAUUACCUGCUCCAAGAUUUUAAAUAUUAAUUAUUGUACAAUGUAGGCGUGCGAUAGCCGAAAUCCUAAUGGCUCAGGAAUGAUAAGUGAUACCUAGGAUAAACAAUUUAUGUACAGCAAAUAUGAAUUCGGUUUGCGUCGCCGAUCGUAACACAUUCUCUGGAAGAGCGUUUUAAAAAAUGAAUAAUAUUAAUGAAAAAAA